UCUCCGCUCUCUUCUCCUCUGUUUGUCAUGUUUCCAGACCACCAGAAGCUUGAGAGAGAGGCCAGGAUUUGCCGUCUGCUGAAACAUCCCAAUAUUGUGAGGCUUCAUGACAGCAUAUCAGAGGAGGGCUUCCACUACCUACUGUUUGAUCUGGUGACUGGAGGAGAGCUGUUUGAGGACAUCGUAGCCAGGGAGUACUACAGUGAGGCUGACGCCAGUCACUGUAUACAGCAGAUUGUAGAGAGUGUUCAUCACUGCCAUGUCAAUGGUAUCGUUCACAGGGACCUGAAGCCUGAGAACCUCCUAUUGGCCAGUAAGCUGAAGGGGGCGGCGGUUAAGCUAGCUGACUUUGGGCUCGCCAUCGAGGUGCAGGGCGACCAACAGGCAUGGUUUGGUUUUGCUGGUACACCAGGCUACCUGUCUCCAGAGGUUCUGAGAAAAGACCCAUAUGGGAAGCCUGUGGACAUGUGGGCCUGUGGGGUGAUCCUGUACAUCCUAUUGGUCGGUUACCCUCCCUUCUGGGACGAGGACCAACACAGACUGUACCAGCAGAUCAAGGCUGGGGCCUACGAUUUCCCGUCCCCAGAGUGGGACACAGUGACUCCUGAUGCCAAAGACCUGAUCAAUAAGAUGUUGACCAUCAACCCCGGCAAACGCAUCACCACCGCAGAGGCCCUCAAACACCCCUGGAUCUGUCAACGGUCCACUGUAGCUUCCAUGAUGCACAGACAGGAGACUGUGGAGUGUCUGAAGAAGUUCAACGCCAGGAGAAAACUCAAGGGAGCCAUUUUGACCACUCUGCUGGUAACAAAAAACUUCUCAGGCAAACAACAAAGCCAACACAGUGACCAGUCCUAAAGCCAACACAGUGACCAGUCCUAAAGACACCAGCUUAACCCCAGCACUGGAACCCCAGACCACAGUGAUCCACAACCCAGUAGAUGGGAAGAAGGAGUCUAUAGAGAGCACCAACACCACCAUCGAGGACGAGGAUGUCAAAGCUCGGAAGCAGGAAAUCAUCAAAGUCACAGAGCAGCUGAUCGAAUCAAUCAACAACGGAGACUUCGAGGCCUACGCGAAGAUCUGUGAUCCUGGUCUGACGUCGUUUGAACCAGAAGCUCUGGGGAAUCUGGUAGAGGGACAUGACUUCCAUCGCUUCUACUUCGACAACGCCCUGUCUAAAGGUAGCAAGCCGGUGCACACCAUCCUCCUCAACCCUCACGUCCAUCUGAUAGCGGAGAACGCUGCGUGCAUCGCCUACAUCCGCCUGAGCCAGUACAUGGACGCGGGGGGGAUGCCUCGCACCAUGCAGUCUGAGGAGACCCGCGUCUGGCAUCGCAGAGAGGGAAAGUGGCAGAACAUACACUUCCACCGCUCGGGCUCGCCCAGCGUACCAUCCCAUUAAUGGAAUAUCAAGAUUCAGUCUAAACUCCCAAGACAGACAACAAUCAACAAGCCAACCAGUGGUCUCCAUUUAACCUCUAACCCCUGACCCCUCUGUAUGGACAUGACAUCACACAGCAAAAGGAAACCAACCCUAAAAGGUCGUCAGGUCAUCCUAACCACCUAGGGUGCGUCCCUAAAUGGCACCCUAUUCCCUACAUUGGGCUCUGGUCUAAAGUAGUGCACUGCAUAGGGAAUAGGGCUCUGGUCUAAAGUAGUGCACUACAUAGGGAAUAGGGCUCUGGUCUAUAGUAGUUCACUAUAUAGGGAAUAGGGUUUUGUUUGGGACUCAAUCCCCCUACCUAGAGCAGCCUGCAGCAGACCGUGGCCGUUAUCCACUGGAGCAUAUUAUAGGGAAUAGGGCUCUGGUCACUAGUAGUGCACUAUAUAGGGAAUAGGGCUCUGGUCUAUAGUAGGUCACUAUAUAGGGAAUAGGGCUCUGGUCUAUAGUA